AUGUCCACGCCAGACCGUGACCUAUUCGUCAAAGGCGCCGCCUUCACCAAGAAGAAUCAUCGCGAUCUCUACGCGGCGAUCGAUCCCACGAGACCUGAGCUCUCGCAAGCCGGCAAGGUCGUGGUUAUCACAGGAGCGACUCGAGGACUUGGGCAAUUGGCAUUCGCUGCAUCUUUCGCACGGGCCAACGCCAAAGUUAUCGCCAUACUCGGACGCUCUGCGGAUGCGCUGGCGGAGACGAAGAAGAUUAUCACCGAGAUCAAUCCAGCGACGGAGGUGAAUGCUAUUGUUGUGGAUGUCCUCGACGAGGUCGGCGUGGCCGGAGCAUUUGAUGAAAUCGAGUCCAAAUUUGGAGUCCCACACGUCCUUAUCAACAACGCGGGUGUGCUUGGCCCUCUCGCAUCGACAGUAGAUACGGACAUCGCGUCAUGGUGGCAGACUCAGGAAAUCAACAUCAAGGGAACAUUUCUCACAACGAAAGCUUUCCUAAGCAAGACCGGGCCGAACCCAUCAUCGCCGACAACGAUAAUCAACAUGACUUCGGGAGGAGCGGUCGCUUUACCACCGGGAAUGGGCGCCUAUUCUAUCGCGAAACUCGCCGUCACGAAAUUUACCUCUUAUCUCCAAUCGGAACAUCCAACGAUUACCUCGGUCAGUCUCGAUCCGGGUGUCGUCGGCACAGAUAUGGGGCACAGUGUCCCAUUCCUCGCUCCCUUUAUCGGCGAUACAUACGAGCUCGUCGGAGGCGCAGGGGUCUGGUUGAGCAGCGGCGACCGCGCAUUCCUCUCGGGGCGGGUGUUCUCGGCGAAUUGGGACGUAGAGGAGCUCGAGGCGCGGAAACAAGAAAUCGUGGACAAGAAUCUACUGACGAUAUGCUACCGCGGCGAAUUCGGGGGCGCAGACGUGGUUGUGGAGUAA